CUUCCAUCUCCAUCUCCCACCUGAUCGCGCGCGUAUAAAUCCCAGCAGCUGAUCAGCAGAGCUCAGACAUCAGACCGACCCCGCGCGAGUAGAGACGGCAGCGGACACCUCUCUCUCUCCCCCCGCUUUAACAUUAACAACCGCUCCUCCGGAAACGUGCUCGCAUUUAAAGCUGUCCAUUUUUGGAGCGCUUCCAUUUGGGUCUGAGCGCACUCUGACACGCGGAUCUGCUGCUGCUGCUGUCCAGUGCUGAAGUUGAAUUUCGCCUGUGCGGAACGGCUUGCGCACAGCUGAAGCUCCGGAGCUUCCGCGUCUUUCCCCCCGCUCAGGUGUUUGACUUUCAGCCCUGCAGGACCAACUCUUUUAUUGUGCGGUGGAUAAAGCGAGGAUAUCGUGCUGGAAGAGGCUUUCCGCUCUGCGCUCUAAACAUGCCAAGGUCUUUUUUGGUGAAAAAGGUGAAGCUAGAUGAUUUCUCAUCCACUGAACUUGAGAGCGCGUACGGCAGGUCCAGGACCGAUCUUAGCUUUCGGAUACACGACAAAGGCUACAUCAGUGACUACAUCACCCCGGCCGUUUACGAUGGAGAAAGUGACGGUGGCACUAAAGUACCUUCUCCAGGACCGAUUUACGACAGUAACCACAGUGACUACGGGGCACCUGACUCGGACCAGCCUGACAGCCCGCAGUCUGAGAUCACAUCCGGGUACAUCAACGGCGACAACGCGGUGAGCGAAGGUUAUGCCGUGGACGCGUUCUUGAUCACGGACGGCAGGUCCCGUCGGAAAGUGCUCAGCGGCUCACGGACCCUCCAGCGGCAUACGUGCAACGAAUGUGGCAAAACCUACGCAACGUCUUCCAACCUGAGUAGGCACAAACAGACGCACCGGAGCCUGGACAGCAAGAUGGCCAAAAAGUGCCCUACAUGUGGGAAAGUCUACGUGUCCAUGCCAGCCCUGGCCAUGCACCUGCUUACCCAUGACCUCAAGCACAAGUGUGACAUAUGCGGGAAAGCGUUCAGCAGACCUUGGCUACUGCAGGGCCACAUGCGCUCUCACACGGGCGAGAAGCCCUUUGGAUGUGCACACUGUGGAAAAGCGUUCGCCGACCGUUCCAACCUGCGGGCGCACAUGCAGACCCACUCCGCGUUUAAGCAUUUCAAAUGCAAGCGAUGCAACAAAACGUUCGCGCUCAAGUCCUACCUGAACAAGCAUUACGAGUCAGCGUGCUUUAAAGGCGCGUUCUCGCCGCUCGCGUCCAUCGAGGCGUGACUUCCGGUCUGUAAGCGCUCACUCCCCCGUCACGUGUUAGGAUGAUUACGCUAUCUUACCCAGUUAUGUCUCACAAUCAAAAUGAAACCCAGUAAUAGCACAAUUUUCUCUAUUUUUCUUUUCUCGCAAAGUUGACCUUAAAGGAAUAUGGAACCUUCGCAUGCACUUCAGCACCCAUGUCCUCAAAUGACGUUCAGACAGUUCACCUCGGCGCUGCGCAGUACUUGACUAAGACUUGCGUCGAGUGAAGGUUUGAGUGACACCAUGUUCCUCAUUAAAAUAAAACUCUUUUGUAUUGUCAGUGGAUAUUAUCAUACUGCUGCAAGUGGCCCAAACGUAUUCACAAUCGAGGUAAACCGGUAUUAUUUAAUUAUUUAUUUAUUUUUUAUAUAUUUAUUUAUGUUUGUUCGUCUGUUUUUACUACUUCAUCUAGGAUGUAUGAUUCUCUAUUAUGCACUGAAAGUGUGAUUGUCAUGUAUUUAUUUAUUUAUUUGAAUGGUUCAUUUUGACUUUUUCUUUCUCAAUAACGUUGCCUUUUGGGUUACGCCAGUCUUAUUAACAUGCCAAAGCAUUUAGAUCCAUGGUAAUAAUUUUAAAAUGUUUUUGUUUGUUUGUUUUUUUAUUUGAUUAUUAUUUUUUGUAUACCUACUUAAUGCAUGCAAAAAGAAAAGAAAAGAAAUCUAUGCCAAUACCACAAAGCUUAUAAUUUUGCCAAAAUGUAGAGAUAGUAUCAGGGGGCAAUAUUUCUAGGGGUUCUCAUAAGAAUAUAAAAAGCAAUAAUCAUAAUGCAUGGUAUUUUUGAAAGUAAUAAAGUAUUACCUAUAGCAGUUUUUUCUAAAUCAGGUACAUUUUGAUCCAAUACUCUUAAUAAACAUUUAAAAAUACCACAUCAGGGAAAAUGCCAAUGUAGAGUUUAGUGAGACUAAAUCCAUAAGUCGAAACCAUCUUUCUUUGCUCUCUGCUUAUGCACUGCCUGCCUCGAAUUUAAACGUAGAUUUAGGAUGUAGGCCCAAAGUGCUGUAACUCCACUCUAAGCAAUUCAGAACCAUUCUCUAGAAGUGAGGAACAUGUAAUGGCUUUUCUGAGGUUAACUCAAAGGGACACGCAAGGACAAGAAAAGGACUGGAGCAAUAGGAAGGUGUACCAUCUGCAUAGCCGUUCUGAAAUGCACUCACACUGCAUUUCCAGCUCAGAUCAGACGCUUCAUUUUCUCCAGUUUGGGUGUCCCUGAAGUUGAAAGCACUUCAUUGUAGAAAUCCUUAAAAAGUAGCACAAAAACCCUAGAUUCAGGUAGAUGUUACCUAGCUCAAUCUUCCUUUUUUAUACCUCGAAAGAGGAAUAACAGCUCAGUUUGUGAGAUGAUCUUCAUGUAGAUACUUAUUUGAAGAGGAAAAACCUUUUUACUGUAGAUGAAUCCACUAAACCUGUUCAAGAAACAAACAAAAAAAAAUGUCCUGCGACUUUUUGAGCCAAUGUUCAAAUGAUGUAAGCACAAGACACAAGGCAUUUUAAGCACUUCAUAAUAAAGGCAAAGUAAACAAACCGAGUCUAUUGCUCAUUUGUCCCUGAUUAUUGCCGUUCCUCUGUGAAAUUAGUCUAUUAAAGAGGCCAAUUAAUCUUGGUGAAUGAAAAUCAAUGCACACGCACUGACGAAGCAACGCAGGCCAAGAGAUGGGACGGGUGAAAACCUGCUAUGGUUAUUUACGGUUCAAUAUAUCCACUCCGGCAGUAGCAGUUGGUUGUUUUUAAUGUAGCACCAAAAGCUGAUAUAAUGGAAAUAAUGGAGUGGCGAUAAUGGAAGUCCAGAGGGAACAAUUUCCACAGGUGCUGCGUUUCCUUCAGGGUGACAUUCUCGCCACACAAUCUUUGUCAGAUAAGAAAACGUGCACUUUUGUUACCUCAAAUCAACAGGUUUCAUGGUGAAGCUGCAGAGCUGCAUGAUGCUUUUCUGUCCUUACAAGUGGCGCUCGGCAUAUGGCACAUAAAUGUUAGCAAUCCACAUUAUUAGGUGUUUGUUUUACCGCUUAAGGUGAGGGAUGCGUUACACUUGAGUCGAGUUUUGGUGACUGUGCAUGCAAGAUAAACUGCCUUUGUGUGAGGAUGCAAUGCACUUCACAAACACACAACACGAAGUGUGGCUUUUACUGCAGUUCCAUCUGUAUCUGCUCGGUUCUCGUUCAGUGAGGAGCACCAAACUCUCCCGCUCAGGUUAAUCUAGCUUGUGCAAACGAGGCCACCAGUGUCAUCAAUUUGCUGGGAAUCAUUAUCCGAGCAUUCUGAGCGUCUGCGCUUCGGUCUCCGGAGCUCUGGGUAAUUGUGCUAGCAGGAUGGGAUCAGCAGGAGCCAUUAUUUAACCGGAGACAACUGUGUGAGGGGCCGCACACGUUGAUCUGUUUGCUGUUUCGUCCCUGUCUCUCUGCUUUAGGAUCACAGCAUCCCUUGAGUGAUUCCUGCGUCUUCUGUACUCCCCGUGUUCUCUGGGGUCCUCGUCUCUCUGACAAACCCCACAACGCUCUCUCAAGUCGAGCAGGUUUACUUUUACAACUCGGACCGAGCUUGAUCUCAGAAUAAACAUUUUCAGAAGUGAUUAUUGGGUUGGGUUUAGUCAAAGAAACUGCUUAUUAGUGACAACGCUGUUUUCGUUCUGGAAAGCCAGAAUCAAUAUCCAUGAGGUUACAAUCAGCAAUGGCUGAAAUUGUGCCUGUGUCAACUGAUGGAUUAGAUCAGAGGCUAUUAAAGCAAGCCUUGUACUCGAAAACACAUAGACGGGUCAGAGAACAGUAUUCAUUAAGAGUUUGUUGAUGUACUACUACUAAUAGCUGGCUCAUAAGAAAACGUGACUUUUAUCUUGCACCAGCAAAACACCUCUUGUACUGUAUUGUUUUUUUAUGUUCAAGCUGUUUAUUUAUUUUGCUUGGGUUGAAAAUUUUACAGUACAAAAAUGUCAAAAGCUGCAUUAUAGUCCACUGUAUUAUUCUGAUAAAGGCUACGGUGUUAAAGUCCUGAAGCCACAAGCUUUAACUGAGGAGUCCAAGUUGUUAUUCCCUGAUAAUCUUCCCCUCUGCUAUUGCACUUAAAUAUUUAAAUACACAAAAUAUGUCGGCUCUAGAAACAUUAUGAUGUUUAACAAUGUCAAUUGCUGUUAGCUCUUAUGUGUGUUGUUAUGGACUGCCAUGCCCAAGUUUGAAGAUCUCUUUUACAAAUGCGAUUUUAGAGCUGUAAAUUCUAUCCCUCAUGCAUAUUUCGCAAUAAGUUAAAACUGAUUUGGCAUGUCCAUGCUGCUUUGUUUGGAAGUGACUAUGAGCUGUGCUUUAUACAAUAGAAAGUGGACAUGUUUUGCUUGCAAAAUAUUGCUGACGUGACCCACACCUACUUGUUUCACACAAAACCAACUGGUUUCAUCUUGCGUCCAAUUUAUCGAUUGUAGUACAAAUUACCUUAGUGGAUUGUAAUAUAAACAAAUGUCCAUAUUCUGUAAAAGAAGUUGUAUUUCUUCCUGUUCAGGUCUUCUGUAUAUGCUUUGUUAAAUAUAGGGAUGUUUUACUCUUUAAAGGAGCAAAAGAUGAGCACAACUGUAUCAUGAUACUGAUAUCUACUUUUUUCCUUCUCAUAACAUUCAAAUAUUAAAAUUGA